AUGGCUCGUCUUUUUAUUUUCGCUUUGACUCUACUCAACUUCUUUGCUACCUCUGUCUGUGCUCAGGCCACAUGUUCAGUCGAUACGAUCAAAGCCGACUUCGUGCAGGUUGGAAGGAGCUUGGCCAUCGUUGAUCACGAUAUCCUUGCCCUUCCUGAUACCGGGGCUACGCUCGCACAAGUUCUCAAAGUCCAUACUGAUCUAGUCAGCGUCACGAAUAAUGUUGAUGUUACGACCAGGGACUUGAGCGUUUGCCGAUCAAUCCCUGCAUCCGAUUUCCCCGGCCUAGUCGAUGGUUUCCGUGCUGUUGUUGAAGCGUUAAAGGAGGUUUGUCAGGACUUUGUCUCCAAGAAAGCAGUAUUCGGGGCCUUCCCAAAUGCCGUCACGCAACUGAAGGAAGAUCUGAGGGAUCUGGCCGCUUCCGUCGCGGCUCUUGAGCAAGCGAUCGUAGGGCUGGCACCGGACGAUUUGAAGUCACAAGUCCAAGAUCUUUCCGACGAAGCCAACGCUGCGAUCGCGGCAGCACAGGCGGCCUUCUAA